AUGGACACGAUGCUGGGCUGGGGUGCUCUAGGCCGCGCCAGCCACGACGCCGUGCAGACUGACGACCAUGUAGACGCAGCAGUGGCGGUGGCGCUGCUGUUCAGCGUGGUCGUGCUGCCCCCACUCGUGGGCAUCCGCACCAUGUACACCAAUUGCUGGUUCGCCUUCACCGUGAUUGCGCACCUGCUGGCGUCGGAGGCUGCGCUGGGUAUCGCCACUUCCAUGGGCAUCACCAUCAUGGUGGGCUGGUACUCCCUGCGCGUCUUCGACCGCUACGCCUUCACAGCCAUCCUGAACGGCUGGCUCGGGGUCUGGGCUAGCUCGCCUCUGCUCGGCAUCGCAGCUCGGGUGGGGGACAUCUUGCUCCAUCUGCUGGUGCCAAUGCUGCUGGUCUCGUGCUACCUGCCGCUUGUCCGUGUCUGGAUGAGUGUUCCAGCUUUAAUAUCGUCACGACUGUGGAGCCACUUUGUGGUGGGUGGAGGCGUCUUCCCCAAGGCUGACCACAUCUAUCGCUUCUCUCCGCCGCGCUCGCAGCACUUCUGGAAUGCCGCAUACAAGAUGGAGCUCAUGCUGAACCUGCUCGUUCCGCUCUUUUGCGUCUUGGCACACCAGAGGUCUUUCUGGGUGUAUGUCGCGACGGCAAUCGCUGGAUCUGUUCUGUUUUGCCUCCAGUUGAUUCGAUCGCUUUCUUUGCCGAAACUGCGUCGAAAUGCGAAGACAAUCAUGUGUCGUCUGCUGUCCAGCGGCGGCAUUCGCCCAAAUCUGGACUUCAUCGUUCGAGAUGACUCGUUUUGGCUCGACUGGAUGAGUGAAGGGCUUGUGGCUAUUGGCGAGUCAUACGUGGGUUGUUUGUGGGCGACAAACUCCGCACGGACAUUGGACGAGGUGGUCGCCAGCCUGCUUACGAUUCCGAUGGAAGGUAGACAGGAGAUGUACCGGUCUUGGAGCGCACGUUUCGUGGCAUUGGCUGCGCGUUUGUUCAAUUACCCGCCGUCGUCUAUGGGCCUCGUGGUUGGCGCUGUCUCGGAGCAGUUUGACUUGUGCCCCGAGUUUCGACACGGAUACAUGGACCGCUACUUCCACCAAGGCUUUGGCAUUUGGACUGCCGGCACAGCAUCCAUUGACGUUGCGCAGACCAACAAGCUUGCAAAUUUGGACCAACUGCUGGACAUUCGGGCUGGUCACACUGUCUUGGACAUCAGUAUCGGCUCGUGGGGAGGAGUGGGUUGCUACCUUGCCCAACAGCACCCCGAUGCGACCAUUGUAUGCGUUCUAUCUUCUGUCCAGGAGUUUGCCCGAGCCAAGAAGUUCGCUCGCGAGCUCGACGUCUUCGACCAAAUGGAGCUCGUGGUAGCAGAGUCCCCCGAGAAGCUGCUUACAAUUCUGAGUGGUUUCCGCGCCUCCAAGUUCGACCGUAUCACAUUGUGUGGUGUGGUGGAGACUGUGCCAGACGUUCAACGUACGCGAUUCCUCCGCACGCUGAAGCGCAUCCAAACGGCAAACGGCACGACCCUGCUGGAGUUCAGCGCCUGCACGGCCGCGCACAUGACGACCCAUGCAUGGACCAACAAGUACGUGCACAGCGCCUAUCCUUGCUACGCUCUCACGCUGCCGCUCAUGCGCCGACUAGCCGGAGAGACGGGCUUCACGCUUCAAGACACAGUCGGCUACUCGGACCACUACGAGCGCACAUUCCUUGAGUGGAACCGGCGAUUCCAAGCUCAAUGGGGCCAAGACACGCCACCUCGCGGAGCUGGCCAAGUUGCGUCGACAGAUCACAUGGGUCAGCUGCAACGCAUGCCGUUGCUCCCAGAAUCCUUCAAGCGCACCUGGGAGUUCUAUCUGCUGCACUCCGCCGCCUGCUACCGAUCCGGAGCACUUCAAGUGUUCCAGAUCAGUAUGGGCUAA